CAAACUGCUUUUUCUAGCUGCAUCACCUCUUAGGCAGCUGCCCCUCUUUUUGCCCCUUCUUUUCCAUUUCUUUCACCUAUUUUCUGUCUGACCCUCUCCCCUGACUUUGCUGCCAAAAUGUAUCGGAACCCGUGGAUCUCGAAUUACCUGACUCACGUCAAGUUUUGCAGCCAAGGACUUGCAAGUGAGACCCCCAUUAAACUAAGCAAUCCCAGAUUGCUCCAGAAGAGAUCUCUGAGCUUCCAGAAAGAAUUCUCCUUCGACGAAAAAGACGACUCAGCCAAAAGCACCAAGGAUAUAGAUGUUAGUCUCUUGGCCAGUCUUCCCAAAGUCUCUGAAUUAAGGAAACGAUUUGAAGGCAUUACCACAAGCGCAAGUGACUGGGAAAUGAACAGAAAGGAACGUAUUGCUCGGCGGUUGGAGGGCAUAGAGGGUGAGGUGCAUCCAUCUCUGCUGCCUAGCUUGGUGGCCAACCGCCUUCUGGAGGAGGACACGCCACGAUACACCCGGGCCUCUGACCCCUGUGAGCCCUGUGGUGUUACAGUCCAGCGGUAUGGCACGGAAGGAUUUGAAAACCCAGAAAUGCAGUUUACGGCUCCAGAGCGCCCAUCCAGAGCACGAUGCAGACCUGAACCUCCGUCCUCCAUCCACACAGAACCUGUCUACAGUUCUCGGGCACUGGUCGUGGAGCCUGAGUCUAAAGCCGAACGCAUUGCCCGCUACAAGGCUGAGCGGCGCAGGCAGCUGGCUGAGCGGUACGGCAUCUCUUUGGAUCAGGAGCCGGACUUGGACUGUCCCUCCCGCUACGAUCGCACCAGGAAAGAGUCAGAAGGCUCAGAGAGGCGAAACAGAGCGGAGUCAGUGGGGGAGGAAGGGAGGGAUAUCACCCUGACAUCUUACACCAGUACCUCUGCCACAAGCCCAAGAGCGGGACGCAAAGCCCCACAGCACAGCCACCCCGACCCCAGUUACGAGAUGGGUCGAAGCAGAGUGGACUCGUUCUCAGAGAGGGAGAGGCUGAUGAACCUGGAGAAUCAACGCCGAGCAGCUCCUCCUGAGCCACCAUCCUCUUCCUCAUACAUGGAUGUGACAUCAUUGUCCUCAGCCGCCAGGGUGUCUGCUAAGGACCACUCAGUCACAGGGAUGCCACCCAGUUCCCCCAGGCUGAGCAGGCACCCUUCCCUCUCCUCACCCAAACACGGGGUUUCUCCUGGGGACCUAUUCAUCGAGCAGCAGGCCCACAACAUCCUCAGCAGACAGGGAAUCAGAGUUAGGGAGAGGCUUGCCAGGGAGGAGGGCCGCCAACGCAGCCCCGAGCUGGGAAAUGUUGCAGAAACGUCGGCGUACCGCAGACAAUUUCAGCACCAGACCCAUCCUUCCUCACACUACCACACAGACCCACUGGGCCCCCAACAGGGUUACUCCCAUCCCCACCAUCACCCUGUGGCACAGCUAUCUCGACCUGGGCCAGUGGGAGGACAGGAAGUUGGCGGUUACACCAGUUACCUGUCCAUGGCGUCUGGUCCUGCAUCCAGAGCCGGGCAGCAGCAGCAGCCCCAGGAGGAAGAGACUGAGGAGUCAGAGGAUGUGAGGACAGAGGGCCUUCUGAGGAGCAGGAAAGCAGUGUUGCCCUCUGAGAUCCGCCGCAGGGAGAGGAGCACUGAGGACCCGUGGAGAGGUAGAGGGGAAGAGGAGCUAGGAAUGUCCAAGGUGCUGAGUCUCAGCCAGGCAAGGGAGGCUGAGGCAGAGAACCCUGUGAGAGGAGGACACAGAGGGAGAGCCAGAUGGGAUGAAACAGAGCACACCUCCCAUCUGCAGACAUCAGAGAGCAGGCCCAGAGAGCGUGAAAAUGCCAUUUAUAUCCACAAAGGGUUGGCUACCACCCACAUCCAGCCCAGAGCGGCACAUGCAGGUCCAGGGAACUCCACCUCCAGCGCAGCCCUGAACCGCUCGGUGUCAGAUACAGGAGAUCCACGAGUGCCCAUUCAGAGGAACCUGCAGCACCAGGCCCACUACCCCCGAGAGGUCAGGGAGGGUGAGGCUUUCAGUAACCGAGAGAGUCAGCAUGACGCCCGGGUGUCUGUGGCCCAGCUCAGACACUCCUACAUGGAGAGCACCACCACCCCACCAACCAGUCGCAGGAAUGAGCUGUCCUGUGUGAGUUCAGAGUUUGCUUCCACUGAAGCUGAUGAAGAGAAGCUCGAUGAACGAGCCAAGCUGAGCGUAGCAGCCAAGCGCUCUCUCUUCAGGGAACUGGAGAAGAGCAUUGACGGCGCAGCACCUACAGCAAGGUCCAGGAACGCAGCGGUGGACAGGAGACUAAGACGGACACAAGACCGAUCCAGAACUCAGCCAGUCACCACUGAGGAAGUAGUCAUCGCUGCCAGCGUCCCCACUCACGUGCCACAAACAGUGAGCGUUCACACUGCUGUAGCACGUGUCCCCAGCCCCACCCUAGUUUGCAGCACUGUCCCGCCGUACAGCCUGCAGGCAGCCUUGCAGCAGAGCGCCACCGCCCAGGAGCCGGUGUGGGAGGCCCGGCAGGUGCAGGAUAUCCAGGAGAGCCAGGGCGUUGAGCCGGUGUCCACAAUGCAGGGCCAGGGCCAGGGCCAGGGCCAGGGCCAGGGCCAGGAGGAGCCUGACCUCUGCACCCUCAGCUUGGCAGAGAAGAUGGCCCUGUUCAACAGACUGGCUCAGCCUCCCACCAGGGUAACCCGCACCCGAGGGGACACUCGCCAGCGCAGGGCCAACGCUCGCUACCAGACGCAGCCCAUAACACUGGGAGAUUUGGAGCAGGAGUCUUCAGACAUAGACAUCACUGAUGAACAGGAGCUGUGUGACAGCCCAGUAGAGCACCUGCAACUUCAGAACGGCACAGGCUCUCGGUUCGAGCACCUCCCUGCUUCAUCCUCCUCCUCUGCUCUGAGAGCAGGAGGCACCGUCUCCACUGACCACGCCGGAGACAUCCACAUAACCAGAGCAGCGACCCGGCUUGAACCCCUCCCUCCCUCCAGCUCCGCCACGUCUCUGCCCCCCCGCCAUCCAGACGGACCAACCUGCAGGUCCCAGGACGCCGUGGACCACCAGAGGCCCCGAAUCUUGUCUGAGGAAGAAGACAGAGCUGAUCUGGGAGGAGGGAAAAGGAAGCUGCCCUCUCCUCAGGGAGCGGUCAAGCAGGCCGCUCUGCCCCAGCCCCAGACUGGAAGAGAGAGGAGGGGGGAGGAGGAGGAGGAGCUACAGUGGCUGACCAGACAGGGGGGGGCCGUGCAGAGCUCAAAGAGCCACAUGCUCCAGGAGUGGCAGGAGGCGUAUCUUAGGGAGGAAGGACAGUACCGAGACCUUCAGAGGAGCAAGGCCAUCAGUGGAGAGCCGCCGGAGUCCACUGCGCUAACAUCCAGAGCAGCAUCUGGUUUGCCCAGGAGUGAGUGUCAGCCUCCAGCGGCAGACACACACACGGACGACAGCGGACACACACCGGGCCUGGUGGAGCUCGAGCAGGGAGACGAGCUGAGCGACAUGAUGACGGCCAGACACAUGUCCAUCAAAGAGAGGGUGGCUUUGUUGAAGAAGAGCGGUGAGCAGGACUGGAGGAACAGGAUCAAUAGGAAGCAGGAUGUGGUGAAGGCCGCCGCGGCUGAACAGCAGUCUCAGCUCUGGGAGGUGGAGCAGAGCUUCCAGGCGAAGGGCGAUGAUGCACUGAUGAUGAUCGAUGAGUUUGCUGUGUCCGACCAGCUAUGGAGAAUAGCUGAGGCUGAGAUGGAGUGCCAGAGCAUCGAGGCUCACAUGUCCAUCCAGGAGAGGAAGCAGCUGAUCGUAUCCCAAGAGGAGGCCUGGAAAACCAAAGGCCACGGAGCCGCCAACGACUCCGCCCAGUUCACCGUGGCUGCACGCAUGAUGAAGAAAGGGCUUGCCUCCCCCUCAGCCCUCCAGUCUCAAGCAUCGUCCAAACCCAAGAGCAGCUGCCCUGCCAUCUCCAAACCACAGGAAGAGAUCAAGGCCGUACCGGAUCUGAACCUGGAGUCGGACAUAAAGCUGGAUAAACUGGAGUCAUUCCUCGGCAAGCUGAACAGCAAAGUGUCUGGACUGCCAGAAGCGACCAUCACAGUCACAGAGAAGAAAGUAAAGGAAGUGAUGACCCUCGAAGAUGAAACAUUUUCCAAGUUCUACCGCCAAGUGGAGGAGCUCCCUGCCACUGCCAACAAGGUGGAGAUAGACGACGACUUUGACGCCAUCUUCGGCCCCCAGGUGCCAAAGCUGACCUCGGAGAUGGUGCAGCACAAGCGAGCGGUGCGCCCGGCCCGUAACGUCCAGGCGUCGAGGAACCCUCUGAAGAUGCUGGCCGCCAGGGAGGACAUCAGACACGAGUACACGGAGCAGAGGCUCAACGUCGGCCUGUUGGAGAGCAAGAGGAUGAAGGCUGAGAAGAUGAAUAAGAACUCUGGUUUUUCUGACGUGGCUCUUGCCGGUCUGGCCAGCAAGGAGAACUUCAGUAACGUCAACCUGCGCAGCGUCAACAUCUCCGAGCAGAUGUCCAACAACAGCGCUGUGCCUUACAAGAAACUCAUGCUGUUACAGGUCAAAGGCCGACGGCACGUCCAGACCAGGCUGGUGGAGCCCAGAGCGUCCUCCCUGAACAGCGGCGAUUGUUUCUUGCUCAUCACACCACAUCACUGCUUCAUCUGGACAGGAGAGUUUGCCAACGUCAUCGAGAAGAACAAGGCUUCAGAGUUAGCAAACUUCAUCCAGAGCAAGAGAGAUUUGGGUUGCCGUGCUAGCUAUGUCCAGGUCAUCGAGGAGGCCGUCAACACGCACAGCCAUGCUGCCAAGGAUUUCUGGAAGAUUCUGGGAGGGCAGUCGAGUUUUCAGUCUGCAGGGACGCCAGAUGAAGACGAGCUGUACGAGGGCGCCAUUGUGGAGACGAACUGUAUUUACCGCCUGAUGGAUGACAAACUGGUUCCAGAUGAUGAUUUUUGGGCCAAGAUGCCCCGCUGUUCCCUGCUCAACCCCAACGAGGUUCUGGUGUUUGACUUUGGCAGCGAGAUGUACAUUUGGCACGGGAAGGAAGUGACGCUGGCGCAGAGGAAGGUGGCCUUCCAGCUGGCCAAGCACCUGUGGAACGGCACCUUCGACUACACCAACUGUGACAUCAACCCGCUCGACCCGGGCGAGUGCAACCCACUCAUACCCAAGAAAGGUCAGGGCCGGCCCGACUGGGCAGUGUUCGGCAGGCUGACUCAACACAAUGAAACCACCCUGUUCAAAGAGAAGUUCCUGGACUGGAGCGACUCCAGGAAGACACCCAGUCCCACAAAAAACACCAAUGACCACAUCACUGAUCAGAAGGAGCAGUCCACCUCUGAUCAGCCCCAUGCGUACGACGCCUCCCUGAUGCUGGCCCUCCAUCAAGGACCCGUCUCCACCAGACUGGACGGGUUCAAUGUUGGCCGGGGCUACGGCCUGGUGGAGGCGGAGGAUUGGCGGAGCUACGAGAUCAGCACACUUGCGGUGGAGGUGUGGCACAUCCUGGAGUUCGACUACAGCCGCCUGCCGCGCCAGAGCAUCGGCCAGUUUCACGAGGGCGACACAUACGUGAUGAAGUGGAAGUACAUGGUCAGCACUGCAGUUGGGAGGAGGCAGAACCCGGAGCAGCUUAAGACGGCGGGGCCCGGGAAGGAGAAGUGCUGCUACUUCUUCUGGCAGGGCCGCAACGCCACCGUCAGCGAGAAGGGAACAUCAGCGCUGAUGACGGUGGAGCUGGACGAGGAGCGGGGAGCACAGGGACCUUCCUUUGACCUCAGUGUAUUUCAGGAGGUCAGUAGAGGGGACUGGACAUUCCUGGACCACAGGGAAAUAAUCUACUCUCCUGUAACCAGCAUAGACCGAUCCAUGGCCUCCCCCUCCCAGCGGCUUCAGCUGCUGGUUCAGGUCCAGCAGGGUAAGGAGCCGCCGUGUUUCCUGCAGUGCUUCAAAGGCGGGAUGGUCGUCCACUCAGGGAAGAGAGAAGAGGAGGAGGAAAACUCACAGAAUGACUGGCGUUUAUACUGUGUGAGGGGUGAGGUGGAGGUGGAGGGCCACCUGCUGGAGGUAGCAUGUCACUGCAGCAGCCUGCGCUCCAGGGUCUCCAUGGUGCUGCUGAGCGUGAGCCAGGCCCUCAUCUACCUGUGGCAUGGCUGCAAGUCUCAGACACACACACGGGAAGUGGCACGCACGGCCGCCAACAAAAUCAAAGAGCAUUGCCCGCUGGAAGCUGGCCUCCACAGCAGCAGCAAAGUGACCAUCCGGGAAUGUGACGAGGGAGCAGAGCCCGCGGGAUUCUGGGAACCCCUCAGCAGGAGGGACAGGAAGGUGUAUGACUGCAUGCUGCAAGACCCAGGGAGGUUUAACUUCACACCACGUCUGUACCAGCUGAGCAGCAGCUCAGGGGAGUUUGCAGCUGUGGAGUUUCUCUACCCUGCCAGAGACCCCAAGCUUGUCAACUCUAUGCCUUUCCUGCAGGAGGACCUCUAUGCAGCUUCUCAGCCAGCCCUGUUCCUGGUGGACAACCACCAUGAGGUGUACCUGUGGCAGGGCUGGUGGCCUCAGGACAGCGAAAGCACCGGCUCAGCCCGAAUCCGCUGGGACUCAGACAGGAAGUGUGCCAUGGAGACUGUGCUGCAGUACUGUAGAAAAAAGAAUGAGAAGAAGCCUCCCAAAGCGUAUCUGAUCCACGCUGGUCUGGAGCCCCUCACCUUCACCAACAUGUUCCCCAGCUGGGAGCACAGAGAGGACAUCGCUGAGAUCACUGAGAGGGAGGCAGAGGUGUGUAACCAGAUUAUUCUAGUGGAGGACGUGUUGGCCAGGCUCUGUAAGACCACAUACCCCCUGGAGGAUCUUCUGGCCCGGCCGCUGCCUGAAGGCGUUGACCCUCUUCGCCUGGAGGUCUACCUGUCCAAUGAGGACUUUGAGGGUGUAGGGGCUUAUGGGAAGAAAGCCCUGGAGAUGACCAGAGAGGAGUACGCGGGUUUGCCUGGCUGGAAGCAGGUGAACUUGAAGAAAGCCAAAGGACUUUUCUAAAUGUUUGAGCAGACCCGAAGACAUCAGAAACAGCCACCAGGAGGUUACUGUCUGUGUUUCCAUCUGGAUGCAACAGAGGCUCACAGGCAACCUGUCCUGAGCCAGCCUUCUGAUGGUGGUGUGAGGACAGAUGAGGGGAGUGAUGAAGGUGUGGAAGUGGUGAGCAGUGAAUGAGACGUGUGCCAGCUUCUUGUGCUGCAGAUUCCCUUCCCGUCUGCGUUGGUAUUUUGCUUGUGUAAGUAGGAGACGAAUGUAGGCGGCUGCACCUCUGAGUGGACGUGUUAAUAGUUCUUUAAAGUCACACUCUGUUAAUGUUUGUACAUAUGUACCAUACACAGAACAGCCAGUGCCGUUACGUUGUCAGCCAUGCAGCCGUCUGUCAGAGUGGGAGCAGGCCGGUCAGCCUGUUCAACACACUCAGACUCUCUGUAUGCUUGUGCAUUACGAAUAAUUUAUAUUUAUAUCAAAUCCAUAUAGGAAUUUUUUUUUAAAGCUCCAUAAAUAUUCACUAAGCUAAAACGAUUGAAUAAACUGUAUAAUGAACGCUGAGGAGGUUUGUGUCAUAUGUUAAUAAAUUCUGGAUAUUACAGAAGCUCUCUCCCGCUGUACAGUUCAGCAUUUGCCAUUACAAAUCAAAUGAUGCAGCUUUGUUUGGACGUGUCUCGUUUAAUUAUUAUUUGAAAUAGAAGAGAGGUUAGAGGCUCGAUUACAGGCAAUGAUGGAGCGGUGAUUAAAUGUAUUUGAUUUUUAAAUCCCACAGUGUAUAGUGCCUUGCUUUGUGUACAGUUUGUAUACAGAUCCUAGUCUGCAUUUUGAAGACUUUUUGUGAUAUAAAGAAAUAUUAGAGAAAUAAACCCUGAAAGUUGGA